ACCCUCCCUCCCUCUCCGAUGCUCCCCCUAUCUCGGAUCUCGCUUCACUCACUCAUUCAUAUUUGGUCUUCCGGAAGUAACCGCGACUCGGAUUCAAACGGUUGAUCCCGAAUGGAUUCACAGUUAGCGGCUGUCCUGACCAGUAGUGGGACAGCUUCGAUGAACAGAAACCAUCUGCCCGAGAGGACAGGAAAAUCCAUGGAAAUGCCCCCUUUGACUGAUAUUCAGGAUGUGCCCAUUGACCUAUCCCUGAAAUCCUCGUGUUCUCUACCUCUUGAUUCUCAACCCUUGUGUCUCAAAAUGACUCCCUCGUGCAACAGCAAAGCCAAGCAGUUUUACUGGACAGAAACAAGAAUUCAGGGGAGAAUGACAGAGACAAGUAAGGACAGCACAGACACUCUUGAAAUUGUUGCAGAAGUGACUGGUGUGCACAAACCUGUCCUGUCCAACAUGGACUCCUUGCCAAAUUCAUGCAAGGACCCUUUGACUCCUGGUUUUUCUGGCUGCUUAUUGGAACAAAAAGGGAUUAUGUCUGAGUCUCUGUCCAGCGACCAGUCAGAAUGCCCUACUGCCAGCCUGGUCACUGUUAAAGAGGAGAUUGAGGAGGUAUGCAUCGGGGAAUUGGAAGGGUACAGUGAUGAUCAGCCCGAUUCACCAGGAUCCCUCAAUGAGACAAAUAGGGACAUGACAAGGGACAUCGCCGAUAGCACUGACACACAGAGCACAACUGUUUCAGGCGCUAACAGCAGUACGAUCCCUACGGACACCAUUACAGCCUUAAAAACCGAACCUCGGCAUAAUGCAGCUAACAGGUGUGGAUUCACAAAUCAAGAAAUAAAGUCGUCAGAAAUCAAGUCGUCAGACUUGAAUGGAAACGAUAGUUCUUCAAAACGGGCGGAAAUGCAAGUUGAUAAACGGCCACAGUUGAACUUGGGGAUCUUGUCUGACAGUGGCAAACCGCCUGUUGAAGGUAGCGCUGCUGAAGGAGGGGAAAAAGAAGUGGUCAGAUUGAAAGGCAGGAAAGAGUGUUCAAGUCUUCGUGUGGUCCCUGCUUAUGGUGUUCGUACAAGGAGUCAGAGGAGGAGAGAAAUGAACAGAGAGGCGAAGGGGGAGUCUGGGAAAGGGGAAAAUAAGCCUCUUGGGAAAGACAGACAAAAGAGGGAAGUGCUGUCACAGUCUUCUCCUCCCCUCUCUGACCUUCCUGGAGGGCCUGAAAGGCUGUGUGAGCCUGAGAGAGAACAGGAGCACCCUGAUGCAGACAGGAUAGGGCAGGGAAGAGAGUGUCAGCGUAGACUGCAGGAGGAAGUGCUAGAUCUGAGCUUGUCAAGGAAGGGAGGAAAGAGCAACACAGGCUGCCGGAAGGUAGGAUUUGAAGAAGGAUUUGAGACUACACUUUUAAUGGAAGUGGAUGAGAUAGUGCAGCAAGAGGUCGAGGAAGUGGAGGCGGAUGCCGAAAUUCUAUCGAGAGAGGGAGAAGCAGCCAUCAGUUUUGACCUGCUGAAUUGGGAGGCUUCUUUUCCAUCUUCCCCAGCACCCCCCUCGCCUUCUGCCUCACCCUCUGUGGGUUCCAGCCUUGAUGACCUCCUCCUCAUUGACGACCAGGGUAUCCCGUACAUGCUCACCCCCGAUGGUCAGAAAGUGCUCCAGGUGGAGCUCCCCGAACCUCGCAAAGCCUUCACUGUCAGGCCUCGGCCCAAGUCAAAGCAGGUGAAACCCAAGGAUUCCACUGUGAAUGUUGCACUGUCUAACCAGGUCUUACCGAACGCCCUUCCCUGCCGGCCUUCUGGUGCGAUGCCAUCAUGUCUUAUUUCCCCUGCUUCACCAGAAUCCUCAGAUGAAUCGAAAGCCGUCGCCCCCUCAGGUGCCAAAUCCAGCUCUCUGGCUGCUCCUCACCCCCUGACCCUGUCAGAUUUAGAAUCCCAAUCCCAACCCAUUCGGAUUUUAGCCAGUUCCACAACCACCUCCCCCAUCCUCCUUCUCCCAUCCUCCCAGCUUUCAUCCCUUUCUCCACCCAAACCCAACACAAAUUCAGGUCUGAUGGCACUUUCGUUACCUAUGGCCCUUACCCAAAACUCACAAUCCACCCCUCUGCUUCUUGUCAUCUCCCCUCUUGCCGCUGGAACGGUUGCCUCUACCUCUUCCCCUGUCCUCACUGUUAAUACUCCUGCUUCCUCUACUCUAUCACUCACACAGACCACUUCUCCAUCUGCAGUCUCAGUUCCUCACUAUUCUGUACAGAAUAACCUUGAGUCCUCUUUUCCAGCCAAUCCUUCCCUCCCUGCCCUUAAUCCAGAAUCCUGUACCCUCUUUACUGCCAUCUCAGGAAACGGUAACCACUCCACUCCUACCUCUCCUUCUGACUCCUCUUCCACCGAAAAGCCCAACUCUGACAUUUCCUCCAAAGAAAUUGUUCCCAAACUUUCCCCCAGUGUACUCCUAAAAUCAGAUCCUGCCUCUGACACCAAAUCAAGUUCCAUUAAUGAGACCCAAAUCGAACGUGCGCAGUCACCGAUCCCUGCCAGCUUAUCUCCUAAGGAGAUUCCCCCUUAUCAAUUAAGGCGCAGUCUAAAAGCAUCCCCUUCUUCAGCCUCUAAACUUGCUCCCGCCUCUCGCAUCUCAGCAAACCCAUUCCCCAUCGAUGACUCGGCUUGCCCCACUUCCGGCACGCCGCCUCCAGCCACAAUCUUCCCCACCAACCAUCCAAAAAAUCUCAAUUUGUCUCCUAACUGCCCUCGCCGAAUCCUCUACUGCCAGUUUUGCCCACGGGCAUUCUACUACCUCUCCGACUUGGAGCGCCACUCCAUCACGCACUCCCAGAGCAAGCCGCACGUCUGUCCGCUCUGCAGCAAGGCUUUCAAGCGCUCUAGCCACCUGGAGCGGCACAAGCACAUUCACACGGGCCAGAGGAACUUCAUCUGCCCCAUAUGCGCCAAGAGGUUCCGCGAAGCCGGGGAGCUGCUCCGGCACCAGCGGGUGCACACGGGGGAGAAGCCCUUCCAGUGCCCGCAGUGCCACAUGCGCUUUGCCGAGCGGAACACUCUGCGCCGACACGCCAAGCGGAAACACCAGGAUCAGCCGGGAGCGGACGGGCAGGAGGGGGGCUGUGGCGGUUCUGGCGGCCCGGAGGCGGGGCAGGAGGACAGUGCGGAGUGGUACAGCUCCACUGUGCCUGAGCUGGACUCUGACAGUGACACGGACAGGGAGCAGGAAGUUUAGCCACAGCCUUGACCCCCUGCUGAGCUAAUUUAUUUUCCCAGGAACAGCACCCACUGCUCAGAAAUACAGCCCUUUUUUUGCGGUGCCCUCUCAUAGGAUAUCAUUAGCCUAUUAUUAGGGCCACCAGUUUGUCUCCACCAUGUGUCCUGCAGGUAUUUAAACCUGUAUUUCAAUGGUUUUCCUCCAGAGGUCCCCAUAGGUACUCCAACGGCAAAGUCAAGUGGCUAAUUGAGUCUCUAAUUGAAAAAUUUUGAAAAACAAUUAGUUGAUCUAAUAUUGGAAGAGUCAGGAAGGAAAGUGAACAUGCAUGGAAGUUUAAAUGCUACGAAAAGCAUGUCUUUGAGCCAGUGGUCCUCACUCCUGGUCAUGGAGAGCUGCAGGGUCUGCUGGUGUUCGUUUUUACUCAGCACUUGAGAAGCACAGGGAUUGAUCUGUUAACUCAGGUCAGCUGGUUUCUUUGGUCUGAAUUGGUCGCUGAUCUUAAUUAAAAAAAAAACAAAAA